CUCGUUCUGACAAACACGGCGCAGUCGGAUCAUAUCACACCCGGCCAACAACGACCAAGUGGGUCAAAUUAUUUCCUUGGGUCUGCGCUAGAGAGUCUUGAUAACGCAAAGUGGCGGGGCGCUGCCAUGAGGAUCUUGAUCGGGCUCAUCACAGAUCACCCGCAUUCUCACCCCCCCCCGCUUCGUCUGCACGAUCUACAUCCUCCACUCCAUCUACAUCCUCUAUCACUCCACGUCAAGCCAGCCACCAACUCGUUGAAAUGGACGCAUCCUUCUGCAGGGCCACCCACAGCCUCUUUGAGCAAGAUCUCUAUAGUUCGGUCUGGGAACACAGCCUUCAGGGCGAUGGCAAUGGCGAUGGCGACGAGGGUCCGUCGCUUGCAAUCGAGGACCUUGACUAUGAGCCUCCACUUGCCGAUUCCCCUCUCGCUCUCGCUCCUGCUGCCGUCCUCGGCUUUCAUGGAUCUGGCGCAGAACACCUCGUGGACUCGCCUCAACAACCCCAGCACCCAGGCCCGCCUGCUCGUAUCGCGGACGUUCCCUUCAAUGCCGAUCCACCAGGACCCCGCAAUCCCUGCAGCUCCCUCCCUCCGUCUCGAUCGCAAACGGCUCUCGAGUCGCCCCUGUCUACCAGCCCGCUUGCACCAUCCCACGGUCAUGCGCCCGCAUCCACGCAGCCACCGAACUUGACCCGAGGCCCCAAGCCAGUCAACCGCAGCUGCAGCAAGGAGUGGCUGGUAUCGAUGGCAUCGCCCAGGUCGACCGUCCAUGCCUUUGGCGACUUCGGUCCAGCGGCAGCAAGUCACCGCGAGGAGCGCGCUCCGGCGGUUCCCACGGACGACAUGGCCGAUCCGAAACCACACCCUCCAAAGGACAGGGCUGGCUUUACCUCGGAAGACAUGGACCGUUUAUGCAAGUACAUUGCAGACGCAUCGAUCGAGGAUGCUCGAAGGCCUCAGCGAGCGUUUGAAGCUUGGCGCCGAUCCAAGCGGGUCCAGGCCGGCGCAGCGACAUCGCUCGGAUGCUCUGUGGCUCAGUGCCAAACCGAUCCCUUGGCAGCAUCGGUCCAGCGCUUAGCUUGCCGGUCGUCAGCAAGAUCCCACACCAGCUCGACUGGGCUUCGCGAGCAACCCAACCAAGGUGAGCGGCCCGUGGAUAAGAUCAUGAGUCCUUCCUCUGCAUCUUGCAGCGCUCCACGGCCCAGGCUGCCAUCGAGUCAGGACCCGAUUCCCGCCGCGGUCAGCGGGAUGGCACCCGAAUACUGUGCUCGAGACCCGGCUGGUUUGCUGAAGCAGCUUGAAAACCUCCCGUCCUCGGCUGUUGCCGGGAUCCUGGAAAAGAAACAAAAGUCUUUGCACGCCUAUGAUGCUUGGAAGCAGCGGAAGCGGGAGGAAUCGGUCCGUACACAGCACCGGCUCGAACAGCAGCGCAGAUAUCAGCAAAAGGUUGCGCUCGAAAGCUCAAAAAAGGCCGAGCAGAGCCGUGAAAGAGCUAAAGAGCAGUUCAAGCUGUGGAUCAGACACAAGAACGGACUGCGGGACAGCCAGGAACAGCAGCGCCUGUUGCAGCUACAGAAGGAGCAUGAGUGUCGCACGCGGAAACAGCAGGCGGCCACAGAAUCGUAUCGUCAGUGGAAGACCGGACUCAAACAGCGGCCACCGGCGGUGUCCUCGGAUUAUUAUCCUCAUCCAAAGCCCUGGGUUGACAUUGCUCCCGAAUCGGAUCCUCAUGGCGAAUGCGGGGACACUGAGGUCCGUGAGAUGGCCGGACCGAGCAGUGCUCACUUCAGCGAUCCUUGCCGAAGCCGUCCGCCCGUCCAUAAUGUGUCUCACACAAGGUCAAGGGCUUUUCUCUAGCAUCCGGGGGCCUAUGCUUACCACUGGAGGUUGUCCUUGGACAGCUGUUCGUACCAGUAAUCAAUGAGCGCUCAGACUCACGAGGUCGAUGUUUCCUGCACUCCAGUCGGCAAUGAUAGUUGCUGUUUGAAUCUUCAACAGACAGGUUCAUGUUUCGGGACACGAUGUCAUAUUCCUUCCCCUGCACCGACUCUGCUUGUUUCAUGUGUACUUUGUGUGGCAGGUGAUGCGUUUGCCGACCUCCACUGUCCCGAUGCUGGGUAUACA